UUUAUCAUCAUUAUCACCAAAUUAGGGACAGGUACAAGAUCAAACUUGCCAGAAUGUAUGUGGUGAAUAGUAAGCCCGGCGAGCGAUUGAUGGCAUCCCACAAUCAUGGCUAGAAAUGCCUCCCUCUUCAGUGGCUUUAAAGAAUUUCACAAUACCCACCCUAUUUGGAAGAUCAGAAGGGAUUUGGUGAAAGAUGUUUAAAACUAUUAAGGAAGCCCUUGGUAUUACCUACCUCAGGCGUACAGGCCAAGGAGGUGGUGGAUAUAUAAGCGAGGGAGAAAUAUACAAGACAGAUAAAGGGCAAGUGUUUUUGAAAAGGAAUGCAGAUCCAAUGGCUCGACAAAUGUUUGAUGGGGAACUUGAAGGCCUGAAAGCCAUAAUUGCCACUGGAACUAUAAGAGCUCCCGAGCCACAUUUUGUGAUAGAUAACCCAGACGGAGGCGCUGUUCUUGUCAUGGAGAGCCUAGACAUGAAGGACAUUAAAAAUCACUCGGCUGCUUUGGGGGAGCAGGUGGCCAGAAUGCACCUGCAUAAUCUAGAAGAAAUUAAGAAAUAUGACAGUUGCAAUAGUCGUGUUGGUCAAAAUCAGAAUUAUGAACCAGUUUUGCAGUUUGGGUUCCCUGUUACUACUUGUUGUGGGUAUAUACCACAAGACAACACCUGGUGUGAUGAUUGGUUGGUGUUUUUUUCAAGAAAGCUUCAGGUGCAGUUCACCUUAAUAGAAAAAGAGUUUGGCAAUCGUGAAGUAAGAGAGCUCUGGUCGUUUUUGCAACUGAAACUUCCUCAGUUUUUCAAGGAUGUGGACAUAAAGCCAUCUUUAUGCCAUGGUGACCUUUGGAGCGGCAAUGUGGCUGAGAUUACCGAUUGUCCAGUGAUUUUUGAUCCUGCUGCAUUCUAUGGCCAUUUUGAAUUUGAUUUAUCAAUUGCAAAAUCGUACGGAGGUUUUGAUAAGCAAUUCUGGGAAAGUUACUACAGUGUACUUCCAAGAGCUAAAGGAUGGAAUAAGAGAUACAAGGUGUACAAGCUAUUUGGCCUGUUGCUUGAAUGGAAUCACUUUGGGAAUUUGAACAGUUCUGCAGCAGUCCACUUGAUGAGGGAUUUGUGUUGGUAAUAUUCAUUAGUCUUGAGAUGAUCCAUGAUGAAGAAUAAAUUUUUCAUGACCUGAAAGAGGGUUGGGAUCAGCACAUUAUCUCAUCUGGUCUUCUGUAGACAUGGCAAAAGUGAGGCAAGAAGAAUUUUAGCCCACCUAUUCAAGGUCUUAUAAAAGGAUUCUUCUGAGUUUCAGCCAGUUCAAUACGUGCCUUAUACUUCAACAGGAUACUCUGGAGCUGUUUCAUAACUGAAUCAUCAUUCAGUCUUCUGAAUGCUUUUGUAGUUAUGUAAUUCAGCUUGAUUUAUUCCCAGCCUUUACCAAGUCUAUUUUUAGUGCAUUGAUAUGAUGGAGGAUCUAUAACAGUGGUUCUCAACAUGCGUGUUGUUAUUACCUUCCAAGUGUUGCCUAAUAUUUUGCAGACGAAUAUACCUUUCUUUUGAAAUACUGCCAUUUUAGUUUGAAACUUUAGAAAAAUGCAGAAAGUUCAUAUUAGUUAACCUAAAUUUCCCAUUAAUUACAACUUAUUUAGUGAGUAAUCUUACAGUAGUUCCUACAGUUUCAAGUGAAUAUAGUUAGUGUUUAUAUGUGUAAUACAUUUGUAUCCCUAUAAUAAUGGAGUAAAUAGCUAGUUUGUUGCAGAAAUCUAGGUUAUAUUUUUAGUGAGUUGUCAAACUGAAAAAGUUGAGAACCACUGGUCUAUAACAUGUUAUAGUAGACUUUUACAACACAGUAUCUCAUAUAAUUUUUCCUCUUUGCAUUGAUUAUUCUAUCACCUCAGUGUUUGUUCCCUCCCAUACUUCUCUUUCACAUCUAUUGUUUGUCCCUACCAUGAUGUUGGUCAUCCUGCUACCAAGGUGUAAAACACAAUAACACCCCUGCUUAUUCUUAUAUAGAUUCAUGGAAGUAUUUUUAUCAUUUUCAGUAUAUCUCUGUAUUUACCUUUGAUAAUUGUUUUGUUGCUCUUCUGCACACAUUCAAUUACAUGAUUUGUAACUUGUUUGAAGCUCAACCUGUACUUACAUAAUCCAGAUGCAUUUUCACCAUAACUUUGUAUAGUGUGAGAAAUGUUUCCUUUUUGAGUAAUCUGUAUGAUCCUUGAAUCUUUUCCAUACUAAAACUUGCUGUGUUGAUUAUCUUGCUGAUAUGGUUAUGAACUUUCAGAUCUUUGUCAAUAAAC